AUGCCUCAAGGACAAAAAGGAUGCAGAACAGGAUGGAGAGUAGAAGAUUUGGUGCCAGUUGAAAGAUACGAUGAGUUUAUUAAAGAAUCUGCUAAGAAUAAGAGAGAUUUAGAGAGAGCAAGAAAAAGGCAGCGCAAAGAUACACCAGAAGUAGACCCAGAACCAGUAGUACCAGAACCAGUAGUAGCAGAACCACCAGUAGUAGAACCAGAAGUACCAGAACCACCAGUAGUAGAAGCAGAAGUACCAGAACCACCAGUAGUAGAACAAGAACCACCAGUAGUAGAAGCAGAAGUACCAGAACCACCAGUAGUAGAAGCAGAAGUACCAGAACCACCAGUAGUAGAAGCAGAAGUACCAGAACCACCAGUAGUAGAAGCAGAAGUACCAGAACCACCAGUAGUAGAACCAGAAGUACCAGAACCACCAGUAGUAGAAGCAGAAGUACCAGAACCACCAGUAGUAGAACAAGAACCACCAGUAGUAGAAGCAGAAGUACCAGAACCACCAGUAGUAGAAGCAGAAGUACCAGAACCACCAGUAGUAGAACAAGAACCACCAGUAGUAGAAGCAGAAGUACCAGAACCACCAGUAGUAGAAGCAGAAGUACCAGAACCACCAGUAGUAGAAGCAGAAGUACCAGAACCACCAGUAGUAGAAGCAGAAGUACCAGAACCACCAGUAGUAGAACCAGAAGUACCAGAACCACCAGUAGUAGAAGCAGAAGUACCAGAACCACCAGUAGUAGAACAAGAACCACCAGUAGUAGAAGCAGAAGUACCAGAACCACCAGUAGUAGAAGCAGAAGUACCAGAACCACCAGUAGUAGAACCAGAAGUACCAGAACCACCAGUAGUAGAACCAGAAGUACCAGAACCAGAACCAGAAUUACCAGAACCACCAGUAGUAGAACCAGAAGUACCAGAACCAGAACCAGAAGUAGUAGAACCAGAACCAGCAGUAGUAGAACCAGAAAUAGAAGCCGACCAAGAUGUAUCAAAAACUAUAAGAUAUGAACUGCAUGACUAUGUUGAAGUUAUUCUUCACUCAGAGAAAAAGAAUGGAACCAGUAAAAAAUUCUAUGCAAUGGUUAUUGACAUACAGCCUUUGGAGGUUAAAUUUUUAAAAGACACCAGCUUAAAAUGUGUAAAGAUAUGGCCAAGAAUUCAGGACACAAGUGUGAUAGACCAUUGCAAUGUUAUCCGUCUUUUGUCAACACCACAUCUGGACCAAAGGGAAAGACUUCAUUUUAGUGACUAAUCAUACUUCAAACAUGUUUAACUUCACUCAUGUUGGACUUUAUAUCUUGUAUAAUCUUAUACAGGAUAUUCAACUUGUUAUUGUUAUUAUUGUUAUUUUUGUUAUUGUUAUUGUUAUU